AUUCAUAAUUUACGAGCGAGUGAGAGUGACCCGAGCGAGUGACCAGUGACAGUGAGGCAAACAAAUUCGAAUUCAGUCAAUUGAGUUGUUUUUGUUUUGAUUACCAAUUUAAUUACACUAAUACGCAAUGCCUAAACGAAGAAGAUUAUUCACUCCAUUAAAAAAUAGAUCAAAAUCAAACCUAACUCGGGAAAGCAAUGAUGCUAGAGAAGUGGCCACAGCUCGGGGGAGACUCAAGGGGGCCCUCAUGGAUGUCCUAGAACCAGCAGCAGAUGACUCUGAUGCUUCCUCUGAUAACAACACAGAGAAGAGAGAAAGCCAUGAACCAAAAUCAGAAGAUGAAGACAAAUCAUACAGGAGGAAGUGGUCUCCAAACCGUCAGUCCUACGUGUUGAAGCUGUUCGACCGGAGCGUGGACCUCUCGCAGUUUAAGGAGGAUACGCCACUGUAUCCCAUCUGUAGGGCUUGGAUUGCUAACCAACCUAGAGCCAAUUAUCGCGAGUUUGGUAAAAAGCAAGCACCGCCGCUGGUUUGCUUGGACAGCGUGGAACUGCCAGUGCCUGAGGGCUCUUCUGUAUCGAAGAUACCACCGCUGUUACCAGAACAGCUGAAGGCCAGCAAAAAUAAUAUCAACCUGAAUUAUCGAGAGGCGCCACCCCCGAGCCGCGAGCAGCUGCUAGCAUCCCACUCGGCGCGGUGGCAGAAUGUGCGACAAGCCUGGCUAUAUCAGGCGGCGAAGGUAGAGGCGCAAUACGAUGCCACACAACAGAUCCUAAACAAAAUCAAUGUCAAUGCCAUCUGAUAAAAACAAUCGCGGUUACCAUUUAACAUUUUUGAUUUAUUUACAAUUGUUUGUAUAGACUUAAUUUGAUUAUAGACUCAAUCAUGUUGAUUUGACAAAUAUGUAUAUGAAUGACACAAGCUAGUGUUUUAAAUGCUUUAUUGUAAAUAAUAUAAUGAUUAUCAAUUAUGCA